UCCUUCUCCCGCCGCCAGCUAUAGCCUCCCGCCCGGCUCCCGCGGCCGAGAGCGGGAGAAAGUCCUGCCGGGGGGCGGCCGCGGGGCUGCUCCGGCCCGGGCGGCGAGGGGCCCCGGCGGUCCAUGCAUCCGCCGCCGCCCGCCGCUGCCGCGAUGGAUUUCGGUCAAAACAGCCUGUUCGGCUACAUGGAGGACCUGCAGGAGCUCACCAUCAUCGAGAGGCCGGUCCGCCGGAGCCUCAAGACACCAGAAGAGAUAGAAAGAUUGACCGUCGAUGAAGACCUCAGCGAUAUUGAAAGGGCUGUGUAUCUGCUCAGUGCUGGCCAAGAUGUCCAAGGAACGAGUGUGAUUGCAAACCUUCCAUUCCUCAUGCGGCAGAACCCUGCUGAGACGCUUCGGAGAGUCUUGCCAAAAGUCAGAGAAGUCCUGCAUGUUGCAGGAGUGGAAAUGCAGUUAACAGCUGCAGUGUCGUUCCUGACCAUUCUACAGGAAGAAUCAGUGUCAGUUCAUACAUAUGCCCACUCCUUUCUCCAAGUCAUCCUGCUACAUCUGGAGCACAGGGACACAGGUGUCAGCAAUGCAUGGCUUGAGACUCUUCUGUCUGUGAUAGAAGUAUUGCCCAAAGAAACCCUAAGACAUGAGAUUUUGAACCCACUUGUUUCCAAGGCACAGCUUUCCCAAACAGUCCAGUCUCGUUUAGUUAGUUGUAAAAUUUUAGGAAAAUUGACCAACAAAUUUGAUGCCCAUACCAUUAAAAGAGAAAUACUUCCUCUGGUAAAAUCACUGUGUCAAGAUGUAGAAUAUGAAGUUCGGUCUUGUAUGUGUCGGCAAUUAGAAAACAUAGCUCAGGGCAUUGGGACAGAACUUACAAAAAGCGUGGUGCUCCCUGAACUAAUAGAACUCUCUAGGGAUGAAGGCAGCAGUGUGCGGCUUGCAGCUUUUGAAACUUUGGUUAAUCUACUUGACGUAUUUGAUACAGAUGACAGGAGUCAAACCAUACUUCCCUUAGUGAAAUCAUUUUGUGAAAAAUCUUUCAAAGCAGAUGAAUCAAUUCUUAUUUCCUUAUCUUUCCAUUUAGGAAAACUAUGCCAUGGACUAUAUGGAAUCUUUACUCCAGACCAACACUUGAGAUUUUUGGAGUUUUAUAAGAAACUCUGUACAUUGGGUUUGCAACAAGAAAAUGGACACAAUGAAAAUCAGAUUCCACCCCAAAUCCUGGAGCAGGAGAAGAAAUAUAUUUCAGUACGGAAGAACUGUGCUUAUAACUUCCCGGCCAUGAUUGUUUUUGUUGAUCCUAAAAACUUCCACCUGGAACUCUAUUCUACAUUCUUCUGCCUUUGUCACGACCCUGAAGUACCAGUCAGAUACACUAUUGCUAUUUGUUUUUAUGAAGUAUCUAAACUUCUGAAUUCUGGAGUAUAUUUAAUACAUAAAGAACUAAUAACAUUAUUACAAGAUGAAUCACUGGAGGUACUAGAUGCUCUUAUAGAUCAUCUUCCAGAAAUCCUUGAACUUAUGUCUACUGGUGGAGAAAGCAGUGUACAAGAAAAUAAGUUAUCAUCUCUGCCUGACUUGAUCCCAGCCCUCACAGCCGCUGAGCAGCGAGCUGCAGCCUCCUUGAAAUGGAGAACUCACGAGAAGCUCCUACAGAAAUAUGCCUGUCUGCCACAUAUCAUAUCAAGUGAUCAGAUUUAUUACCGUUUCUUACAAAGAAUGUUCACGAUCAUGAUGACAAAUAAUGUCUUACCUGUCCAAAAGGCAGCUUCACGAACUCUAUGCAUUUUUCUACGUUAUAAUCGUAAACAAGAACAGAGACAUGAGGUCAUUCAGAAAUUAAUUGAACAACUGGGCCAAGGAAAAAGUUAUUGGAAUAGACUUCGAUUUUUGGAUACCUGUGAAUUUAUUAUAGAGAUCUUUUCCAAAUCAUUUUUCUGUAAAUAUUUCUUUCUACCUGCUAUUGAACUGACACAUGAUCCGGUGGCAAAUGUAAGAAUGAAACUUUGCUACUUGUUACCCAAAGUGAAAUCUACCCUGAAGAUCCCUGCAGAUAAGCAUCUACUGCAGCAGUUAGAAAUGUGUGUAAGAAAACUCCUCUGUCAAGAAAAAGAUAAGGAUGUUCUGGCUAUUGUGAAAAGAACUGUGUUAGAGCUGGACAGAAUGGAAAUGUCAAUGGAUGCGUUUCAGAAAAAGUUUUAUGAAAAAGAUUUGUUGGAUCAAGAGAAAGAAAGAGAAGAACUACUUCUUAUGGAAAUGGAACAAUUAGAGAAAGAGAAGCAACAGAAUGAUGGGAGGCCCGUGAGUGAUAAGACCUUUGAAAAGAAACGUAGAGACACUAAGACACCAACAACUCUGCCCAAGAGCAUCCCUAUUUCUGUUCCUGGACCCUCUGGAACAAGCACCCCAUCGACAAGCAAAGAAAUCAAGAAAUCCAAACUGAUUCGAAGCCAGUCUUUUAAUAAUCAAGCCUUCCAUGCAAAAUAUGGCAACUUAGACAAGUGUGCUAGUAAAAGUUCUACAGCAGGAUAUACAUCUUCUGUCUCAGGGUUAGGAAAAACUUCUGUGAUUUCACUACCUGAAAAUCGAGAAAAUCCAAUCCUUAAAUCCUUAAAUCAUCCACUUGAUGAAGGAAGCAAAACAAAGACAACUGAAGAUAAUGUGAUUGAUGGACAAAACCUAAAGCAAUGGCUGGGCUUUUUCUUUCUUUCUUUCUUUCUUUCUUUCUUGUCUUUUCUUUUUUUCUUCUUUUUUCUUUUUUUUUUUUUGGUUAAUGAAUGGAAAAGAGACACAUAAUGGCAGCUGAUGUUGAUAAACUUUAAACUUUCCAUGUUUGAAAUUAGAUUCCCUAGCAGGUAUACUAUGUAUUUCUCAAGUAAUAAUGUGGUUACAGAAUUCCAAUGUCAUAGUGAAGUGCAAUGAAAACAACAUUAGGUAUGCGCUUUUAGCACCGCUACAGAAGAGACCAGUCUGCAUUUAUCUGUGCAGGAAACCAUCUAUUUAACUGUCCUAGAGUUUUAGCACUCAAAAGUUAUAUGAAAGUCCAAAUCAACUGAAAUUGCUCUAGCUAAUCACUUGGAAAGGCCUUGGAAGUAAGAAAGACAUUGCAUCUUCUGGAAAAUCUCCAAGCCCAAUUGAAAAGUCACAUUGAAAAGGGUACGAACAGCUGUCAGCAACUUUAUCAUUCCUGCCGGUGAGGCGACAGUGUUGUACCUGGACAUUCUGAAAUUUCAAUUUGGCAAUGAAAAUUCUACCAAGAUUUCUGAUAACUUUUAGCUACGACUACCUUAAAAAUAAUAGAUUGAUGAUUUCAUUUCCUAGAAGACUUUAUUUUAUAAAUACUUUGUUUACAUUUUAGAUUGUAUUUGUCCUUAAUUUAAAAUGAUGAAUCUAGUUUGAAUCAGCUGUUAUUCCAAGCUAUCAUGCUUAAGCUAUGUCAACAGCAUUUAUUUGUACUAAUGCUAGUAUUUCCAUCAAUAUUUGCCUGUGGAACAUAUACAAUUCUUAAUUUUAAAAUGUCAGUUCUUGAGAUAUACUGUAUGAAGCUAUUGUCAGCUUCUCAAUUUCAAAAUGCAAUCAGCAUAUAACUAUAUUGAUAUUAGAGUGUUUGUUUUUUAAAAUAUAUUGAUGUAUGAUAAAGAUGAUCUAAUUUGUGAAUGCA